CUUAAUAAAGAAUUGAGAUUGACCUCUAAACUCAGACACUGUCUUGAAGGACUUUGAGAACAAGAAGGGUUCAGGCAGAUUUUACUGUCAUACCUACAGGAUGCCAGCCUUUGAUCUUUUUUCUUGUGGUUACCUUUAUCAAGACUUUUUCCCUCUUCGUGAGGAGAAGUCAGAAGGGGAAAGGAUAAUGACCAGGUGUCUAACAAAUGUUUCUCGCGACCCAGUGACCUUUAAGGAUGUGGCUGUGGAAUUCACCCAGGAGGAGUGGACUUUGCUGGAUCAAACCCAGAGAGGUCUGUGCAGAGAUGUGAUGCUGGAGAACUACAACAGUCUGACUGCAAUAGAUUGGGAGAUUUGUCUUAAUACCAAAUGGUCAGCACCUCAGCAGAAUAUUUUGCAGGGGAAAACACCCAAUGUGGUAGAAAUGGUAAGAUCGACAGUGUGUAAUUCCUUGCCUUCCACACCAGUGGAAGAUUGGAAAUUCCAUAAGAUAGAAAAGCAACAUGAUAACCGUAACAGACAUUUGGGGCUAGUGUUACUCAUCCCAAAAGAAACUUUUCUCACGGGUUUCUGAGCCUUAAGAAUUUAACAAACCCUUUAAAUACAUAAUUGAGAUAAAGUUUUGUGUAAGUAAUUUCAUCUCAGUCAAUUACCAGCUAAACUCUGUAAGAAUCCUUGUGAAAGUAAAGACUACAACAGAACUUUUUAGCAGAAUGGUCACUUCAUUCUGCUUGAAAGCACUGAGGUCUGGAACCAUGCAUUGCAUGCAGUGAAAAUGGAAGAAAAAAAUACAAAAAACUUCAGUCAUACUCAUUUAUUUCCUGUAUAGUAUAACAGAAUUCAAAGCAGAGGGGAGGAUCUCUGAAUGUAAUAAAGCUGGAGAACUUUCAUAAGUCGUGACUAAUCUCUUCAUCAACAGGAGAGAAGCCAUAUUGGAGAGUAAUUGUUUAAUUUUCACCAUUGGGAAGAAGCCUUGAGUGAACACUCCUUUAAGAUUCAUAGAGUACUCACAUUAGAAAGAAAACUUGUGAGUGCAACCAGUGUGUAAAAGCAUUCACAAAGAACUCUGCCCUUAAUCUACACAAUAAGACCCAUAAUGGAGAAAAGCCUCCUAAGUGUAAUCAGUGUGAAACAGUUUUCAGCCAAAAUCCAUAUCUGGUUCACAAGAAAACUUACACUCAAAAGAAACCCUAUAAAUGCACAGACUGUGGGAAAGGCAUUCCUUCUUCCUUACACCUUAGAGAAUGUGUAAGAAUUAAUAGUGGAGAAAGGCCACAUACCCUUAAAGAAUGUAGGAAAGCUUUUUCUCAUUCUAUAGGCUUUUUUGUACAUACGCAAAUGAACAAUAGAAAGAAGUCUUAGAAAUUGUAAGAAUGUGGGAAAACCUUUAUUUGAUCUUGUCUUAUUCAUCAUUUAAGAACUCAUAGUGAACUGAUGGCCUAUGGAAUGUAAGAAAUUUGAGAAAGCCUUUCCUUGUUCCCCAAACCUUGCUUAAAUUAUACAACUUCAUAUGAGAAACAUUGUGUUUUCAAGGAGUGUAGUAAAGAGUUUGUUUCCCAAAACUUAAUACUCACAUGUGAGUUCACCCUGGAGAAAAAACCAUGUGAGUGUAGUAAAUAACCUGGAAACCUUCACCAAUUCUGCAGGUCUUUUAAACACAAAAGAACUCACACUGGAGAGAAGACUUAGGAAUGUAAGGAACGUGGAAAAGGCUUUGUUAGUUCCUUACACCUUACUGUACAUUUAAGAACUCAAACUGGCAAGCCUUAUGUUUGUAAGGAAGGUCGGAAAGCCUUUAGUAACUCAUCUUGCUUUAAAUUUACAUGUAAACUCUAAAACCCUGUAAUGGUAAGCAGUGUGGGAAAGCCUUUAUUUGAUCCUCAUUUCUUAUUCAACAUUUAGGAACUCACAGUGUAGAAAGACCUUUUGAAUGUAAGGAAAUAUGGGAAAGUAUCGAAAGACCUUUUGAAUGUAAGGAAAUAAAGGAAAUCAUUUAGAUAUUCCUCAUACUUUAGUCAACAUAACACAUACUGGAGAGAAGCCAUGUAAAUGUAAAAAAUGUGAGAGAGCCUUCACUCUUUCAUCAGACCUUAUAGUACAAAUGAGAACUCACACUGGUGGAUGACCUUUUGAAUGUAAGGACUGUGGGCAAGCCUUUACUCAGUCCACAUACCUUUUUUCUUUUUAAGAUUUUAUUUAUUAUUUGUUAGAGCACAAGGAGAGAGAGCAGCCGGCAGAGGGAGGAGCAGACUCCCCGCUGAGCAAGGAGACUGAUGCAGGACUCGAUCCCAGGACUCUGGGAUCAUGACUUGUGCUGAAGGCAGAUACUUAACCAACUGAGCCACCCAUGUGUCUCUCAGUCCACAUAUUUUAUUCAACAUUUAAGAACUCACAGUGGAGAAAACCCAUACAUAGAUGAGGAAUGUGGGAAAACCUUUACUACGACAUACCUUACUGUGAAUGUAUAAUUCACUCUUGAGAGAAGCUUAUGCUUGCAAAGAAUAUGGGCAAGUCUUUAAUACUUUAUCUUAGAAAGCACAGACUAAUUCACAGUGAAGGUAACCUUAUUAAUGAGGAAUGUAGGAAACCUUUAGCUCUGCCUUAUACUUUACUAUUCGGCUGUGAUUUCACAGGUAAGAAAAAUCUUACAUAAAAAAAAUUUUCAUCCCCCACUUUGGGAAAUUAUGAAAGCACACAUUAAGAGAGAUCCCAUGAGUGAAAGGGUUAUAAAAAAGCCUUUGAUUGUUUUUUGUUAUUAGGAAACAUAAUUUACACUGGAGAGAAACUGUAAAGUAUAAUUGUAGGGAAUUUGGAAAAGACUAUGCCAAUUGAUGUUACAUAAUAAGUCACAUUGGAGAUAUUCUUUGUGAAUGUAAAAACUGUUUUCAGUAAAUAUCUUACAUAUAUUUAUAAAAAUUGAAGUCCUAAAGGGUUUUAUAAGUGAAAAACCUUUGUGGGACACCUGGGUGGCUCAGUUAAGUGUCUGCCUUUGGCUUGGGUCAUGAUCCUCAGGGUCCUGGGAUCAAAAGUCCCAUAUCCUCUGCCCAGCGAGGAGCCUGCUUCUCCCUCUGCCUGCUGCUCCCCCUGCUUGUGCACUCUCUCUCUCAAAUAAAUAAAAUCUUUUUAAAAAUUGUUUUGUUACAAAAGAUUUUUGAAUAAAACCUAGAAGUGUUAAAAAAUUUGGGAAAGUUUUAGAGUACAAAUCUUCAGUUACUGCAUACAGAAAAAUUGAUACUGGAAAAGAAAAUCCAUUGUUUAAAAUGAGUUGUCUGUGUGUGUGUGUUUCUUUUCUCAAAGUAGACCAGUAGUUUUAAAGACCAGUGAUGUUGAACAUCUUUUCACAUACUUGUCAUCCAUUUAUUUUUGGUGAAAUGUAUGUCCAAAUAUCUUUUUUCUUGUUGUUAGAGGGCUUAUUAAGGUAUAAUUGCCAUGCAUUAGACUACAUAUUUUAAGUGUAUGACUUGAGUUUUGAUGCAUACACACAUCCAUGAAAUCAAUCACUAGCAUUGAACAAAUAGAAUCUGAAAUUGCAAACACAAUAUUUAUAUUAGCACAACAAAAUAUGUGCAUUGUCUAUAUAGGGAAGACUACAAAACUCUCAGGAAUGAAAUCAAAGAACCAGAUAAAUGGAGAGAGAUUUAACGUUCAUGGAUAUGCUCUGUAUUGUCAAGAUGUUAGUUCUUCCAAACCUGACUAAUUGAUUCAGUCCAAUCAAAAUUCCAGCAAUUUAUUUUGUGGAUAUUGACAAACUGAUUCUUAUGUUUAU